AUGCUCGCAGUUAGGAAACGCGUGGGAUUCAGAGGCCUUUUGUUUGCUAUCGAGUUAAGUUCGCGGGAUGAGGUGAUGGCCCCUGCGCGGAGGAGUCGGGGGCCGCGGCCUCCGCCCACGCCCCCGCCGCUGCUGCAGCUGCUGCUCGCGGUAGCGCUGUGCGCGCUGCUGGGCGCCGCCCCCGCGCCCGCGCGCGCGCAGGAGAACGCGCUGGACGCGGCGGUGGGCGGCGACGCCGACGCCGACGCCACCGACACCUGCCCGCCCGACAGCGCCAUCCACCCGUGCCGCUGCUCCAUGCGCGGCGACGACCUGCAGAUCUGGUGCAGCAAUAGCGAGCUGGGCGCGGUGCUGGAGGCGCUGCAGCGCAAGCUGCCCGCGCUGCUGUCGCGCGCCGUGGACGAGCUCAUCCUCGAGGCCAACCUCAUGCCCGCGCUGCCCGGCCGCGCCUUCGCGCCGCUGCGCGUCUCGCGCCUCAUGCUGCGCGCCAACGCCCUGGAGCGCGUGGCGCCCGCGUGGUUGGCAGGCCUGGAGGACUCGCUGCUCGAGCUGUUCGUGGAGGAGCCGCGCCUGCGCGCGCUGCCCGUGGACUCGCUGCGCACCUCGGCCGCCCUCGAGGCCGUCACGCUCGUCGCCGGCGCCAUGCGGCACACGCCCAGCUUCUCCGGUCUACCUCGGUUACGAUAUCUACGUUUGCAAUCUCCAUCGUUGUCUGAACUUUCACCUACGCACUUCCGAGCAAUGCCAGAUCUGGAGACAUUAGAGGUGUCGCUGUCGCGCGUCUGUCGCGGCUGGAGGCCGGCCUGCUGGCCGACUGCGGCCCUGCGCGAGCUGAACGUGUCGUGGUGCGGGCUGGCGUGGCUGCACCCGCGCGCGCUCGCCCGCCUGCCGGCGCUGCAGUCGCUCGACCUGAGCGGCAACCGCCUGGCGGACGCCGGCGUGGUGGGGCGCGCCGUGCGCGACCUGCCCGCGCUCGCCACGCUGCGCCUCGACCACAACCUCGUCGACCGCCUCGCCGAGGCCUCGUUCGUCGACCUGCCGCAGCUACGCGAGCUGCACCUCGUCGGCAACCGCGUGAUGGAGGUGGAGCGGGGCGCGUUCCACCGCGUGCCGGCGCUGCGCACGCUCGACCUGAGCGCCAAUGCCGUGCGCCGCGAGCUGCGGCUGCGCAACAACGCGCUGGUGCUGCCUGAGGAGCUGCGCGCGGUGCUGGCGGCGCUGCCGCGCCUGCGCUUCCUCGACGCCUCGCACAACCUGCUGGCGGAGCUGCCGCCCGGCGCGCUGCGCGGCGGCCACGCGGCGCUCGAGCAGCUGCACCUCGACCACAACCGCCUGCGCCGCAUGGGGCGCAACGCCUUCGCCGCCUUCCCGGCGCUGCGCGAGCUGCGCCUGCGCAACAACUCGCUGGCCGACGGGCCCGACACCUUCCAGGACAUGCCCUGGUGGGACCUGCCCGCGCUCAAGGUGCGCCAGCCGUCGCAGCGAGCUCUUCAUUCUCUUCAAACCGGGUUCGCCGGUUUCCCCAGUCUCUAG